AUGUGCGUCCAGCCUCUCGCCCCUUCCCUCUGUCCACAUCCCGCAUGCCACGGCUGGCUGACCCUUUGUCUUUACGCCACUCAGGAUGCCUCUCCCGAUGCCUACGGCGACCUGCCGAUGAACCAGUCCCAGGCCAAGACCGACGCCAAGUGGACCCGCCUGUCCACCCUGACCGCGGCCGAUGCCGGGUCGACGGUCCUCAUCCGCGGGCGUGUUCACGUCAGCCGCGGCACCGGCAAGCUGGCCUUCAUCACCCUGCGCCAGCAGAGCCACACCGUGCAGGUGGUCGCUGCCGCCGACGACAAGACCAUCAGCCGUCACAUGGUUCGCUUCAUUGGCAACAUCCCCAAGGAGUCCGUUGUCGACGUGACCGCCACCGUCACCGCUGCCCCGACCCCGAUCGACAGCUGCUCCAAGAAGGACAUUGAGCUCCAGGUGCAGAAGGUCUUCGUCGUCAGCCGCAACAACCACCGCAUGCCCUUCGAGCUGGCUGAUGCCCUGCGCACUGAGGCCGAGCUGGCCGGCGACUCGGGCCUCGUCGGUGUCAGCCUCGACACCCGCCUGAACAACCGUGUGAUCGAUCUGCGCACCAUGACCAACCAGUCGAUCUUCCGUCUGCAGGCUGCCGUCGGCAAGAUCUUCCGUGAUUUCCUCCAGAACCAGGACUUCGUGGAGAUCCACUCGCCGAAGAUGAUCGCCGGCGCGUCCGAGGGCGGUGCCAACGUCUUCAAGAUGAACUACUUCAAGAGCGAGGCCUGCCUUGCCCAGUCCCCCCAGCUCUACAAGCAGAUGGCCAUCAGCGCCGACUUCGACCGUGUCUUCGAGAUCGGUCCCGUCUUCCGCGCUGAGGACUCCAACACCCACCGCCACCUGACUGAGUUCGUCGGCCUGGAUCUGGAGAUGGCCUUCAACGAGCACUACCACGAGGUCCUGGACCUGUUCGACAACCUCUUCGUCACCCUCUUCAAGACCCUGAGCACCGAGUAUGCCGAGGACAUUGCCACCGUCUUCAACCAGUACCCGGCCGAGCCCUUCCAGUUCCUGGAGCCCUCCCUGCGCCUGACCUUCCCCGAGGCCAUCGCCAUGCUGCGCGAGGCUGGCUAUGAGGUUGGCGACUUCGACGAUCUUUCCACCGAGACCGAGCGCGCCCUCGGCCGCCUGGUCAAGGAGAAGUACAAGACCGACUUCUUCAUGCUGGACAAGUUCCCCCAGGCCGUCCGGCCCUUCUACACCAUGCCCGACCCCAACAACCCGGGCUACUCCAACUCGUAUGACUUCUUCAUGCGUGGUGAGGAGAUCAUGUCUGGUGCCCAGCGUGUUCACGAUGCCGACUUCCUGGCCGAGCGUGCCACUGCUUGCGGCAUCCCCCUGGACUCCAUCCAGGCCUACAUUGACUCCUUCAAGUUCGGCUCCUUCCCUCACGCCGGUGGUGGUGUCGGCCUCGAGCGUGUGGUCAUGCUCUACCUGGCCCUGGGCAACAUCCGCAAGUCCUCGCUGUUCCCCCGCGACCCGAAGCGCAUCACUCCCUAA